UAUGUGUGUGUGUGUGUGUGUGUGUCGUCUCUGUGUGUGUCGACAGAGGCGCUGCUCCGGCUGGAAGGAGGGCGCAGACAGCCGUCAGAGGAAGGAGAAAGAAGGAGGCGCGGAGGGAACCGCAUUGGAGAGAGAGAGAGAGAGAGAGGGAGGGAGAGAGAGAGACGCAGACACACACACACAACACACACACAGGCAGAGACAGGCGGCUUGGCUGGCGACACUGCCCCCGCCUGUCAUUCCUGGGUCUCUCUCCUGCCUCCUCGCCGACUUCUUCUCGGGCACCGCGGCGUUUCCUCUCCUCCUCCUUCGCCUUUUCUUUCCCCCUUUCCUUUCCUCCGUCCCCUCCCCUCCCACCUCUUUUUCCUUCCACCGCUCUAAGGAGAUUGUGGGGGAGAACUUGGCACCGAGGAAGCCUCGCUCUUGUCUUCAGUGCCGAGGAAAGGAAGGGAAGGAAGGCAGGCAGGCGAGGAAGGAAGCCUUUCCAAGAAGGUGGCUUUGCACGGAGAACUCCAUUCUCUCCCUGCGAUGCUGCUGCUGCUUUGGAGGAGAAGAAACCCCCCACUGUAGAAGCCCCUCUCCCUUCUCACCAAAACCAAGACGCAGAAAACAAGGCACGGAUUUCUUUUGGGCUGGAUGAGAGAUACCUCGGUGGAUUUUUUUUUACAGACUUGAAAAAUAAUAUUUUUUGUUCCUACAUCUGAGCUGGACCAGGUUCUAUACAUAUACCUACAUUAAAAUCUAUAGGUUGUUGUAUGUCCUUUGACAACACAUCAAUCUAUAGGUUUCUCUGGAAGGAUUGUGCGCCGAGGCUCUGAGAAGCGUGUGCCUGGCCGGAGAGGGCGACUUUUCUUUCUUUCCUUCCUUCCUUCUUUCGCAGCCCCUUUUUUUUUCUUUUCCUCGGGGGCGGGGGUGGCUCCAAGGAGGAGGAGGGAACUCAACCACGCAACUCACUCCUCCAUCCUCACUUGGGAGAAGAAGAAGAAGGACGAGAGCAAGAACCCCCAUUGGAAAUACACCUCUGCUUUCUUCCGUCCAGGAUUGGAUUUCUUUCCAGGAGAGGCUAGCGAGGGCAUGGUGCUGCCUCUUGGCGCACGACGAGCCCGGCUUUGACUCUUUGAAGAGGGAAGGAAGACAAGGCGACUGAAAGAGAGAGAAAAAGAGAGAGAGAAAGGAAGGCCCGGCGCUUCGUCCGUCUCCCCGGACUGUGUGGUUCGGAUCCUGUGGAUGUAAAGGCGGCUUGUUUCUUCCUUCUCUCCUUCCUUCCUUCGAGGGCCUCUCUUUCCUGGCCAGGCUCUCUCCCUCCGCGGCCCCCAUCAUUUCAGGCUGCUGGCCCUGGCUGCCUGGACUCGCGCCCCGGAUCCUUCAUGAGUUGCGGACGGCAUGCCCGCUGCUUAGCCGGGGAGCGCCCUUCUUCUCGUCCCGCAUGUUCAGGACCAAACGCUCGGUGCUCGUCCGGAGACUCUGGCGGAGCCGUGCCCCGGGAACAGCGGCGACUGGGGGGAGCGGAGGCGGCGGAGGAGGAGGCGGAGGAGGCGGCUCCAGCGGCGGCGCAGGCGACGAGGAAGGCGGCGGGGAGCUGGGCGAGGGCGCGCUGGAUCCCCGGGCGCAUGGAGGCGGCGGCGGCGGCGGAGGGAGCCGGGUCUGCUGCCUGGGCAAAGGCGGCGGCAAGGCCCCCAAGGGCCCCCACGCGGGCGGGUCGGAGGCGGAGCUGAAGGCCCUGACCCACGCCGUGCUCAAGCGGCUGAAGGAGAAGCAGCUGGAGGCGCUGCUCCAGGCCGUGGAGUCCCGCGGCGCCACCCGCUCCGCCUGCCUCCUCCUGCCCGGCAAGGGCGACGCCAGGCUGGGGCCCCACUGGUACUCGCUCCCGCUCCUCCUCGGGAAGGUCUUCCGAUGGCCAGACCUCCGGCCCGGCGCCGAGCUCAAGCGCCUCCCCGCCUGCGAGUCCUACGGGAAGGCGCCCGGGCCCGAGCCCCUCUGCUGCAACCCCUUCCACCUCAGCCGGCUCUGCGAACUCGAGUCUCCCCCUCCUCCUUACUCCAGAUACCCAAUGGAUUUUCUCAAACCAACUGCAAGUUGUCCAGACUCUGUGCCUUCCUCCACCGAGACGGGAGGAACUAAUUAUCUUGCCCCUGGGGGGCUUUCAGAUUCCCAAGUUCUACAAGAACCGGGGGACCCAUCACACUGGUGUGUGGUGGCAUACUGGGAAGAAAAGACGCGUGUGGGUCGGCUGUAUUCUGUCCAAGAGCCUUCCCUGGAUAUCUUCUAUGAUCUACCUCAGGGGAAUGGCUUCUGCCUCGGACAGCUCAAUUCGGACAAUAAGAGCCAGCUGGUGCAGAAGGUCCGGAGCAAGAUCGGCUACGGCAUCCAGCUGACCAAGGAAGUCGACGGGGUGUGGGUUUACAAUCGAAGCAGUUACCCGAUUUUCAUCAAGUCGGCCACACUGGACAACCCCGACUCCAGGACGUUACUGGUUCAUAAAGUGUUCCCAGGCUUUUCCAUCAAAGCGUUUGACUAUGAGAAAGCGUACAGCUUGCAACGGCCGAACGACCAUGAAUUCAUGCAGCAGCCGUGGACUGGUUUCACUGUUCAGAUCAGCUUUGUGAAAGGCUGGGGUCAGUGCUACACGAGACAGUUCAUCAGCAGCUGCCCCUGCUGGUUGGAGGUUAUAUUUAAUAACCGAUGACUCCAGAGACUCAGA